AUGCGUCCUGGGGCGAAAAAAAAGGGGAUGGAAACGAGACGUCGCCUGAUUCCGGCUCGGGCAGUGGAGGCAGCAGCACACUGCGACUGUUCAUUCCCAAGCUCGAAGAUGCCUUCCCUUCUCGCCGUUCUCGUCCUCUCUGCCUGCCUCUGCGUUUCACAGUGCGGACGGUACCGGACUCCCUUCAAGCGUGCCUUCCCGGUUCACCCGACCCUCCACGGCGACCCCCUUCCCGGCGACCCCCUCCCCGGCGACCCCCUCUACCUCACCCCGUACAUCGAGCAGGGAAAAGCCGCGGAGGCCCGGCAAAAGAGCGCAGUCACGCUCGACGUGCAGGGACGGAAGGUCCCGGCCGGGCACGCCGGCUUCUUCACGGUCAACAAGGAACACAAAUCCAAUCUCUUCUUCUGGUUCUUCCCCAAGCAACACGACCCGGAAGGAGCGCCUCUUCUCCUAUGGCUCCAGGGUGGCCCCGGGGGAUCCUCCAUGUUCGGGCUCUUCAACGAGCACGGGCCGUUCGCGAUCGCGAGCAAUUUGAGCCUCGUGAUGAGGGAUGAGUCUUGGGGGAACAAUCAUCAUUUGCUCUACAUCGAUAAUCCCGUCGGGACAGGGUUCAGCUUCACCGAGAACGACGCCGGAUACGCCCGUAACGAAGCGGACGUGGCGCGAGACCUCCACGAGGCGAUGCGACAGUUCUUCAUCGUGUUCGACGCUCAAGCCAAGGCGGACUUCUACGUCACCGGAGAGUCCUACGCCGGGAAGUACGUGCCGGCACUGGUGCACGAGAUCCACCGUCGCAACGAAGACCCCAAGGCCCGGAAGAUGAAUCUUAAGGGCAUGGCGAUCGGGGACGGGUUCUCGGAUCCAUACAGCAUGACCAACUACGGCGACUACCUCUACCAGAUCGGGAUGAUCGGGCGGAAGGAGCUGGCGCACUUCGACGAGGUGGAGCAGAUGGCCAGGAAGCUCAUUCAGUUGAAGGAGUGGAAAAAGGCUUUCCAGGUGUUUGAUGCCCUGCUGGACGGCGACAAGAUCGACGGCCCGAGCUACUUCACCAACGUGACGGGAUCCACGUACUACUUCAACUUCCUCCAGAUGUCGGAACCGCCGGAGUUCGGGUACUACCCGAAGUACCUGAACCGGGGGGAGGUCCGCGCGGCCAUCCACGUCGGGGACCGGCCGUUCAACAACGGGUCGGCGGUGGAGGACUUCCUGCUGGAGGACAUCAUGCAGUCGGCGAAGCCGGACGUGGAGGCUAUCCUGGACGCCGGAUACAAAGUCCUGCUCUACGGGGGCCAGCUCGACAUCAUCGUCGCGUAUCCGCUGACGGUGAACUUCGUGGCGAGUCUCGAGUGGAAGCACGCCGCGGAGUUCGCUGGGGCGGCGAGGCGGCCCUGGCGCGUGGGGGAGGAGGUGGCCGGAUACGUCCAGGAGUGGGGGAACCUCAAGUUGGUGAUGGUGAGGGGGGCGGGGCACAUGGUGCCGUACGAUCAGCCGAAAUGGGCGUUCGAUAUGAUUUCGAGGGUGUACGCGGCGGUGAGCGAGAAGCAGUUGCUCUUCUACGCCAUGGCGGAUGACGUGAUGCCGGUGGAGGCGGUGCCGCUGGGGCUCGCGAGGGUCCGAAGGGAGCCAGACUGCACCAUUCGGAUCUGCAGUGGAGUUCCGGAGGAAGAGACGAUCCUAUUGGUGGAGAAGGAGGAGGAGGCACGCGAUUGGCUGGACGCCCUGACGUCAUCGACCUCCCCGUCGCUCCAGGGUCUGAAUCUGGAGACGGGCGCGACCGCUCCAGUGUCCCUCGGGGUGCCGUCGAGUGCAAAUGGGCCGUCGAGGCGGCGGAGGCAGCGUCCGACGACCCUGGUGUCGAGCGUGGGAGAAAUCUCGAACCGAUACGAGCGGGCCCAGAUCGCCGCCCAGCAAGAAGGCCUUCGCCGGGCCAUCCUCCUCAAACAACGAAAAUACUCCACCGCCCUCAAGGUAAAAAAAAACCACAACCACAACCACAACCUCGACCUCAACCGCCCUCAACCCCUCCCACAGGUGGAAAACCUCGAGAAGAGCCUCGGCACCGGCAAGGUGAAGUUCUCGGAGACGGAGAUCGAAGCCCUGAAGACCCGCCUGGAGUCCCUGGACGAGGAACUCGGCGAGACGGAGAAGCUGACGAAGGCGGCCGUGACGAGACUCGCCACCAAGCAGGCUUCUCAUCUUCAGACCAUUCAGCACUUGGGAGCCCUGGAAACCGAGGCAACGAAAUUCAACCGCUCCCCCUCGCACCCACCCCAGAUCCUCGUCACCUGUUCCACGGAAGACUUGCGAUCGCGGCGCCGCCGCGGAAGCCUGGAGGACGUCGCGACCUCCCCCACGGUCGCGACGCUCUUCCGCCGCUCCAGCGGCUCCGAGGUGGAAAACCAGGUCGGGUUCUCGAUGCAGAUGGCGCUGGAGCUCGGCACGGCGCUCAUGGGCGACCCGGCGGGCCCGGUCGACCCGGUCGAGGAAGACUUGCUCGGCGGAAAUAUCUCUGGGUGGGCGCAGCGGGAGAUCCGAGCGUUCGAGCAGAUGGCUCGCGAUUAUUUUCGGCGGGCGGGUCAGUAUCAUCUCUGCGAUUCCUUUCCGCAUUUCUCGGUGUCGCCGGGUAUGUUUGAUCAGUUCUGAUUCACGUCUGAUUCACAUCUGAUUCACGUCUGAUUCACGUCUGAUUCACGUCUGAUCC